AUGACAUAUACCUGUGGACCAAUGCAAGGUUUUCAAGAUCAAAUACAACUGGAUUUUGAUAUGUCAACACAUCAACCUUCCUUUGCAUGUCAUCGAUAUCCCUGGACUUGUGGACUUAAUCAUAGUCAGGGUAUACCAAAUGUUGUAAAAACUCCAGCUCUUAAUAUCACUAAUACUACGGCGACAAUUACAACAGCGCCAACUACAGCAUCAUUACCGCCACCAACAACUACUGAAGAGCCUACAACAACUACUGAAGAGCCUACAACAACUACUGAAGAGCCUACAACAACUACUGAAGAGCCUACAACAACUACUAAAAAGUCUACAACAACUACUGAAGAGCCUACAACAACUACUGAGGAGCCUACAACAACUAACUGA